AUGCCGCCUUUGGUAUUACCCAUCAGGCGUAAGCGUGCUGCGUCUCCGCUCUUUACUAAGCCAGAACCCUCGAUCCAGCAGCAGAGAAGGAGGAGGAAAAGAAACCAAGAGACGAUCGACUUCGACAAGCUCGAACUCGUCGAACCCGCCCGCCCAGCCGAUCACCAACACAACCUACCCGACACCGACGACUCCCUCCUAGACGACGACGCAGACCUCUUCGUGGCUCCCACCAAAGACGAGAUACACGAACGGCAAGCGCAUCUCGCGGCUCGUCGCGCGGCCAAGGCGCAGAAGAUGGCCAGACGCGAGGCUGCUCUCGCGGCCGCGGCGGCGGAGCGGACACGCAGGUCUCAGAAGAUAUUGAAAGACACGUUGCCCUCGGUGCGCCAGCGCGUGCGCAACAAGAAGCUGCAGAGCGUGCUGUCGGGUUCAGGCAAUCGGCCGAGAAUUGGGAAUGCCAAUGUCGCGCUGAUGGCGACGCGGAGGACGCCGGGGAAUCGGGCGGGGAGGUUGAUGAGGAAUGAUUUGGUGGGGAUUAUGAAUAGCGUGGAGAAUGGGGCGGAGAUGGAGCCCACGGAGGAGGAGCGGGAGAGGGAGGAAGCAAGGAUUGAGGUGAGGGGGCAGGAAGAGGAGCGGGACUUUUUGAGCAAGGUGCUGAGGGAGGCGGAGUAG